GCUGACGUUUGCAAUUUUAUUUCGGCCAAAGUUCCGGACACGCUGUGCUGCUUGUGCGAUUUGGACAGGGCAGUGUUGGUCAAGAACAAGGUAACACCCUCGAGAAAUGAGAGAGAGAAACACCACGUCACACCCACGGGGCCGCGCCCUAUCGCUAGUCCUCGUGCUGUGCGGAGUGCUAGCAGCACCAGCCACAGCCAAGUACAUAUUCACCGAGGAACCGCUGGCCCGUUUCUCUCCCGCCAUUGGCGACCAAGACCUCUUUGGCUACGCUGCAGCUCUUCAUCUAGUGGACGAUACAGGAGAUUCGUCUGAUUUCCAACAUGCCAUUCAGAAUACCAAGAUAAUAGUUGGAGCUCCAAACGGUACGUUUCCCGGAGGAGUGGAAUUCAAUGAUGCAAUUACAGAGGAUCCACUAAACAACACCGGACUGGUCUACGUCUGUAACAUCGGCUGCACUAGUAAUAUGAAUUGUUGCAAAGCGCUGACGGGCACAGGGUCUGGGAACGAUAUUAGGCUCUUCGACUACGAAGGUUUGUAUAGUCAGUGUCGUCCUUAUUCUCCCUUGAUCUCUCAUUUCUCUCUGUCAUUCGCGUGUGCAUGUGUGUUUGUGUGUGUACAUGAUUGAGCAUGCAUGUGUCUGUCUAUCUGUCUCCCUGUCUCCUUCUCUUUCGUGUGUGCGUGUGUUUGUGGGGGUGAUCGGGGAGAAAGGGAGGGAAAGGGGGAGAAAGGAAAGUGACCAAACACACAAACACAAUGAGACCAGAGGCUGGGAGACUUUUGUCAACUUCACUACACGCGGCAGCUCAGUGGUCAAAAUUACGUGUAUUUUUUAGAUUUACCAGGCAAUUCCAACGGGCCGGAUCCCUUUGUGGCAAACAUGGGGUUGAUUGUUCAAAACGAACAGAAGUCUGGCCAGUUCAUGGGAGCCACAAUUGUCAGCACAGGAAAACACAUCAUGGCAUGUGCACCGAGGUGGAUAAGUCUUAACACGGAGGACUAUUUCAACGGGCCAUUUGACAAGACCAGAGCCCACGGCCGCUGUUUCAUCGCCGACAGAAAUAUGGAGAAUUUUAAACUGCUGCGUCCUUGUGAUAUGGAUAGUUCUCAGACGUUGGUGGGUCAGUCCUACUGUAUGGCUGGAACAGCUGCUUCCCUUCAGGAAAAACAGGGGAGCACAGAUGUCCAGGUAUUCCUUGGGGGACCACCAUAUGGCGAAAGUUCUGGUGCUGUAUUCAGUGUGAACCUCACAGAAGCCAGAAAUAGCAGACAAUUUACCUCUCAACUUGGUAUCCUCUAAUUUCAACCUAAUACCAAAGGCCAACACCAUGCAACAGUUAUGGUACACUGGUACAGCUGUUACUCUUGGGCGAAUAUUUGGCUCUGUAGAAGAAGAUCUUAUUUAUUCCCUCCCAAAAAAGAACGUCUAUAAAGGAUCUGUUGAAGUGUUCAGUAUUGAAACUGGAAUGAUUGAAGCUACAGUUUUGGGAGAACAGAUGGGAGAGUACUUUGGCUGGUCAGUGGCCACUGCAGACCUCAAUGGAGACGGUUUCGAUGAGAUAAUAGUGGGAGCCCCUCUUUUCAGCACUCCUGAUAAGAUCGAAAAGGGACGUAUCUUUAUCUACAAAAACAACGGGACACUGGAUACUGAUAAUCCUAUAGUGAUACCUGGGACAGGGAGUAAAGGAAGGUAUGGCUCAGCCAUUGUCAAUCUGGGAGACAUCAACAGUGACGGGUUUGAAGAUAUAGCAGUGAGUGCUCCGUUUGAGUCCCGAGGAGGAGGAGGAGGGGCAGAAGGGACGGUCUACAUCUACCUGGGCUCAGGAGAGAGUGUCAUUGUCACCACUCCCGAGGACGAGAUUACAGCUGCAGACAUCUCCAGUCGCCUCGGCUUUGACGAGAGCAGAGUUUUGAAGAGCUUUGGAUACUCUCUCUCCAGUGGAGUUGACGUGGACGCUAACGCCUACAAUGAUCUCGUGAUCGGAGACUACAUCCAGCAAACUGUUAUAGUCCUACGAACUCACUCCAUUGCCAAUGUCUCUCUCUCACUCUCCACUAUUCCUAAUGAACUAUUCGACUACAGAGACACGAGUACCUGCGCCACUGACUUUGGCAGCUUUGCCUGUUUUACACUGGAGAUUAAUGCUAGUUACUCUGGACGUGGUCUGGAUGGUCUUCUUGAUACAAAAGUGGCGGUGAGAGAAAAUGCUGUGUCAGCAGGAAGCCGUCUCUUCUUUCUGGACUCGGACAAAAACAGAACUGACGUUUUUGAAGGAUUUCUGAACUUCAGUGCAACCGACACUCCAACCACAGAACCCGUUACUGUCUAUGUCGAGGCUGUGGAGAAGAUAGACAGAAGAAGGCCUCUGGCAGUAGAGGUGUCAGUUUCAAGAGUUGAGAGGGUCACGCCCAUCAAUCACAUAGUGGACGGGUUCCAAGACAUAAUUGACCUGAGAGAUUACCCUCUGCUGGAGGUUCUUCCUCAAAACAACCGGGAGCAAACGCUAUCUCUUACUGGCUGUGAAAAUCAAGAUAUGUGCAGACCUCAGCUGGAACUGAACAUCAGCGGAGUCAGAUACCUUGAUUCCAAGAAAAUGGCGACAGAAUUGGAAGAGAUAGUUGCUGGGAGGGUCAGUUUCAUCGAGGUUCUGCUGGAGUAUCAAACGCUCACAGAAGACGCUGUCAAUUCGCGACUUUUUCUUUCGCUGCCUCCGAAUCUGCUUGGAGCUCCUCAGAGUAUUCAAGACACCACUGGCACCGCACAGGCUACAUCACAGUGCCAACUUAACGUGGAAGAUGACACAUAUAUCUGUGCAGUUCGCCCUAUAUUCUCAAACUAUGAUGGAAAAUUUAAUGUUGAAAUCAUCAUUGCGGUCUCAGACGAGGUUACCGGCCGGGACUGCGUCGAAAACUGUUCCGCCAUUUUCACAAUCGUAAACGAAGACGACAACAUUGCAGACGACUCCAACAACAUUGCCCGCCUCAAUCUUUCUGUUUCAGCUAUGGCCAACGUCAGGAUCACUGAACUGAGUGUUAACCCGAAUUCAACGCAAUACGAAGACACGAACGAGCUAAAACCGGUCAUCACCACAAAGGUCACGCUAUCCAACUCGGGGCCGUCCACAAUCCCCGAGUCACAGGUGGUCAUUCUGAUCCCUGGGAAGACGGACCGCACGAGUAAUUUCUACUAUCUCUACCCUGACACAACAAGAGUUCCUAUGUCGGUGGUCUGUUCUGAUCUUGAUCCCGACGGGCUCAACUUGAACAGCCAAAACCAGCAACGGAGAAGAAGAAGACGGAGUAUGGCUGAGAGAUUAUGGAGAAGUGUCAUGGGAAGCGAGGAGGAAGAAGAGGAGGAAGGAGGCCUGAAGAAAAGACAAGAGAUUACAGGGAUGGUGAACUGCAGCAGGGACCCAGAGUUGUGCACAGCUGUUGUCUGCAACAUUUCCGACUUCUCUUCCACAACCAUCUCCAUCCUCGUUCUCAGCUACGUCGACAACCGCUUCUUCCGAACCCAAACUGGAAACUUUGAAUUAUACAUGCAUGCGAAUUUCAGCAUCACCACUUCUUUUGUCGAUGGUCCACCAUCGAGCAGGACGUCAAACAGACUGUUGGUUCUGGAGCCGCAAAAAAGCAGCAGCGAAGAAGUGCCGGCUUGGGUCAUUGCAGUUACUGUCAUAUCUGCCAUCAUCACUGUCUUUAUUCUUGUUGGCAUCAUUAUCCUCCUCUAUGCGUUGGGGUUCUUCAAGCGGAGGGAUAAGGAGGAGUUUGCCAAGAAGCAGGAACUGCAGAGGAGUCAGUCGACCCGGGUAGCCUCUUCCUCGACUGGGCCUGCUGCUGCCGCCAAGACAAGCACCACAGAGCCUGCCUCACUGGAUUCAAAACCAGAUGAACCACCAGUAGAUGAAGCUACUGAGCUCAACGAGAAACCGCCUCAGCCACCGACAGAAGAAGUUGCUCCUGAAAAAACUGAGGCUCUCAAGAAGGCGUCAUCAGAAACUGAACUUUGAACUGACUUAUUAACUCACUUAUGGAUAGAUUCCUUUUUUCACUGAAUUAGCCGGAAAGGUUUUGUGUUAUAGCUAAUUUUAUGCUUGAACUACUGCAUGAUAGUCCUAUGUGUCCUCAUUUCCCAUAAUAUACAUGUAUUUUUUCUUACAACA